ACCAUGAAGGUCCUGCAGCACCUCCUGCUCCCCAUCCUGCUGCUGAUGAGCCCAGCGCCCAGAGCCAGUUCUGCCUGGAACUGGAAUGACAGAGGCCACACGCCCAGGAGCCAGCCCGUGCCCUACAUGGCCUAUGUGCAAGGAAGGAACCAGCAGUCCUGUGGGGGCUUCCUGGUGGCCCCAAGCUGGGUGAUGACAGCGGCUCAGUGCUUGGACUACAAGCCUCUGACUGUCAUCCUGGGAGCCCACACAGUGCAGACCAGAUGGGGAAGCCAGCAGAGGUUCGAGGUGCAGCAGUACCAUCGCCACCCAGACUUCACCAACCGCAGGAGGGGAAACGACAUCCUCUUGCUGAAGCUGAAGGGCAAUGCCACCAUCAACCAGCACGUCAGGACCAUCUCCUUCAACGUUGACCAGGUGCCCCCGGGCACCACGUGCAUUGUCAAGGGCUGGAGCCACACCAGCCCCAGGGCCACCCUGUGCGAAGUCUGGGUCACCAUCCUCAAGCCAAGGCAAUGCUUGAACUGGAACCCUUGGCUGGCCCAGAACCUCAUCUGUGCCCGCAAUGAAUCCUUCACCUGGCCCAAGGAGGGUGAUGCUGGGGACCCGUUGGUCUGCAACAACAAAGCCUACGGCAUCUUCUCCUACCGGCACAAAAACUGGCCUGGGUUCUACACACACAUUGCUCCUUUCCUGACCUGGAUCAACAGCGUCAUGAAGUCAGCCUGA